AUGGGACUGGUUAAUCUAAUACGUUUUCAUUUCGAAAUACUAAAGGUAGCCUUCAAGACAGCCAGCACACGAUGCAAAAAAAAACGGCGAAUUAUAAAUAACAAACAAAGUGCUGAGGAGUAUUCCCAAAUUGAAUUUCAAGACUUAGUACGACGAAUAUGCGUUCUCUUAAUCGAACCUAUACACGCAUUUGUUAUGAUCAUGUGGAUAAUUAAAAAGGAUGAAAUUAUCAAACAUUCCUGUAAUAUCCAGAAAAAAAUUCGUACACUGAAAAAGGACCCGAUUAUUCGUUAUAAUAAAACGUUACAUGACAUCACCGCUGGCGCCAACAUAAUUUCAAAGGUGUACUCGGUUUGUGCCUGGAGUAUAGCAAUUUCAGCAACUUUCGGGUCUCUGUUGGUAUUAAUUUUUGAUGGCGAUAAAUUCACAGUAACAGUACAGGAUCAUUUUAAUGAAACUGUCACAUUUUUGUAUACACAACAGUUACCUUACUAUUGUUGGAUUCCUUGGAACUAUAGAAAAUCUAAAUUAGCGUUUACGUUCGCUAUUUUUUUUGUAACACUUCCAACUGUACCGUAUAUUACCGGAGUACCAGGUAUGGACAUUCUCUUUUUGGAUUUGACUAAUUUAAUACGAUUACACAUGGAAAUUCUCAAACGGGCUUUCAAGACUAUUGGCGUAAGAUGUAAUAACACACUGGACAUGGAGAAAGAAUUAAAAUCACUAAUAGAAUACCACAUCGACAUAAUUAACUAUGGUAACAUUAUAGCAAAUUAUGUGGAAUUUAUAAUUUUCUUGCUAAUUAUUUCGUCGACAACAAUAAUCGGCAUCUUGCUGUUCAUACUUAAAGAAGCAAGUACUGGAAGUAUGGACAUUUUUAUAACUCAAAUAUUCUUUUUCCUUACUUGGACUGCAAGGAUGUUUUUCUUGUGUAACGGCGGACAAAACGUGGUGGUAUUAUCAAACGAUAUACAUUCAAAUUUGAAGGUACAAAUUAAUAUUGUUGUAAUGAAUUUAAAGGUAGAAGAUUUAGACUUCAGUGUAUAUGAAAGCGAUUGGAUUACAGCAUCCAAGUCUUACAAGAACUCUAUGAAAAUUAUCUUGAUGCGAAUGAAAAAGCCAUUCUACUUUCGUAUUGGAAAAUUUGGUCGAUUGGAUCUUGCAUUAUACACUCAAAUUCUAAAAACUGCGUAUUCCUUUUUUGCUCUACUACAAAACAAAAAGUCUUAACUAAUUAACCUAUGAUGGCAAAUUAACCAGAAAUGAAUAUUCCACAUUU